CCCGUCUUCAGUAGAACCAUUUCAUCCGUUUCGAGUGCACGUUAGUCUCCGUCCGCCGCUCGCCGGUGUAACAGCUGAUGUCUCGUUCGAUUAGUAUUAAACAUACGAUUGUUUAAAUAAUUGUUUAAUUAUAAAAUCAUUUUUCGUCGAUUGUUAUUCUGUGUCAUGUCGACUGUUUUUUUACAUUUAACUGCCGUUACGGCUUUCUUAGCGACCGCAAGUGAGUGCUUGAAGAUAGGGGAUGAUAAAAACAAACUUUUUCAAAAAGAGCCUACAGUAACAAAUACUGACACAGAACUUCGGUGCUAUUGCAACCUGUCCGAGUGCAUAGUCAACGGUUACAUGUGCAAGUCGUCGGGGGCCGGAUGUUUUUCCGAACUGGAAGUGUCCGACACCGGACUGUACGUGCUCAAAGGCAUUUACGGUUGUCUGGACUUACUGCCGCUGAAUAAAAGCUGCGAUGAAAUAUUGAAAACCGAUGUCGACCCGUACCACUGCUGUACACAAGACAUGUGCAACGACAACAACGCAAUUAUGAGUCUCGGGACGAAGAAAUACUUUUCUUUGCCUUCGGCCUUGAAAGACGAAAGCAACGUUCAGACCAAUAACACGAGAACCGUUUGGCAAAGGCGCAAUACAGCCAUGAUAUCCAACACCGAAAUGGAAUGGUUCGAGACCAUGACUCUGUUCGUACCGAUAUGCGGCGCUGUAGCGCUCGUGCUUCUGGUGUUCAUCGCCAUCAAACUACUCAAGUCCAACAGUUCGCUGGACGACGGAUCGUUGGUGUCGAAAAUAAGACCAAAUAAAAACUAUGGUUUUACUAUACUGCCCAACGGCAGAGGAUCAGGACCGGGGGGCGUGCACAACACAAUGAAAGUAUCGUCUAAUGGUUACCACAAGUGUGUACAGUCGAAGAUGCUUCCCUCUGACGUAUACAGGCCAACUACAUACGUGUUCGCCGUACCUACGACAGCCGAGAAGAACGCAGCUUAUGCCAACGCCAACCAUAUCGACUUGGCCAAGCACAGCCUGAUCGCGCCCGUCAACUGUUGUCACUACGAAGAAACUUUGAGCGCACAGAGUCCUCCUCAGUACACGCCAGUAGACACAAACAACAAAAACAACAACGAUCCGACGGUCGCUGUUCCUACGGCAUGUCACAACUUGUAACCGAUGGAGUACUGACCGGUUCGGCGAAAAAUGCGUUUUGUCUAGUCCGAAAAAAAAAAUUCGACUAAUAUUAAUAAUAAUUGUUUUUAUUUAUAUAUUUGAAUUAUUAUUAUUAUUAUUAAAGUUGUUGUUGUUACUGUUGUAUAUAAACCUGUACUAUUCGCAUGGAAUAUGUACAUAUUUAUUGUAAUUCGCUUCGUAUUGACAACAUAUAAAUGUGCGUACACGCCAUUAGAUUAAUUGUCAGGUCGGCCGCCGUGCAAUUUUCGGGUAUAUUUUUUACUGUCCUUUGCGGCCAUUUUUUAUAAUUAUCUGUUAUCACUUUCAUAGAUUAUAUAACAACAAUCAAAGAUUUUUAAUUAUACGACCAUAAUUCCCAGAUCCUACUGUGUCUUAACUUCUUUAGAGCUCUUCGACAAUGUGUUCGUUAUUUGUUUACUAUUAUAAAUAAUGAUUUUGAUUUUUAUGGUAUUAACACUAAUCGAGUAUCUUGAAGAUUAAACGAUUUGUGAUAAUUAUUAUAAGUGAUAACUUAUCAAUCCUGUGAAAUAUACCUCAGACAGCUUUAAAACAAUAUGCCACAUUUUGUUUUGAUUUCAAAAAUACAAUUUUUUUUUUUACACAAAUCAUUGUAUUUUUCAAGUUUAGGACGUCUUUCGUGGAUCUAAUGUGUUUUUUUUAUAUAAUAUAAUUAAUUUUGUUAUUAAAUUUCACAACUGUCUGAUGUAUGAUUUCAUUUAGUGCGAAAUCAUAAUUUUUAAUAAAAAAUUUUAUGCGAAGUACCUAAUACAAUUAUCAUUUCAUUUAACAAUUUUGAUCGCCGUUACUGUAAGACUGAACCGCACAGGGUAAAAUAUUUUAAAUUUUAAUAAUUAUUAUAUAAUUUUAAAUGCGCAUCACUUUUAUUAUUAUGGUCUAUAUUUUUUUAUCUUGUUUUUUUAUUUGAUCUGCAUUUUUGUGUAUUUAUCUAAAACACUUAUAUUUCAUUAUUAUUAUAUGUAUAGCAAAUUAAUAAUUAGUUAUUUAAAUAUAAAAACCUGUAUGCAUAGAAUGUACAUUUUAAUAAUUAUCACGUGUUAUGUUAUUGUAAAUAAAUUAUAAGAAACAAUCAA